UGACAAAAUGGAGAGAUUCUUCUGAUCAUUGUAUUGAAAUUAGAUAAAUGUGAAACGAUUCUAUCAAUCGAGAUCGACUAAAUUCGCGUGGAUUGAGUUUCUCGAUACACAGAGACGGGAAUAACAUGAGUUCGCGACCUCCACAAUUUAGAAAAUCGUGGUUCUUCUGGCCGACUGAACCAGCGAGCGAAGCAGUGACUCUCGAUGAUGUAUUAGUCUAUCUAGGCAAGUGUAGUGAACAGACGCCUUUUCAUAAUUGUCAAUCCAAAUACGUAGUGCACGAUCCUUGUAAUUUCACCAUCUCUCAUGGUGAAUUCGGCGCGUACCAGAAAUACCUUUUUGGUAUGCUAUUCUUCUUCUGCCUGUUCCUCACGUUCGUCUAUUUCUCGCAACUGUUCCUCACCGUGGUACCAAAGGAGCAUUGGUGCAAGGUACCGGAAAUUAAGAACUUCAGCGCGGAACAAUUGAGAGACUACAUGAUACCCAGCUCGAAAUUAGUACCUCGCGAGGGUGAUCAUUAUUUACCGUAUUCUCGAUGUUGGAUCUACGACGUGCCGGUCGAAGAGGCGAUUAAAAAGUCCGAGCCUGACCCGGAUUGGCCGAUGAAAAAAUGCGACGAAUGGGAGUUUAAAUAUACCGCUCAGGACGUGCCAUACGAGUCCGUCGCUGCCGAACAGAAAUGGGUCUGCGACGCGACGUACAAAGUGACGCUCGCGCAGAGCAUCUUCUUCGGCGGUGCUAUCUUGGGAGGUUUAGUGUUCGGUUGGAUGGCCGAUAAAUACGGAAGAGUUCCGGUCCUGGUAGGAACGAACAUGUUGGGUUUUAUCGGCGGCGUCAGCACCAUGUACGUCAGCGAAUUCUGGCACUUCUGCGCGUGCAGGUUCGUCGUCGGUCUCGCCUACGACAACACGUUCACCAUCGCUUACAUACUCGUACUGGAGUACGUAGGGCCGGAGUGGCGGACGUUCGCCGCGAACAUGUCCUACGGUGUGUUUUACACGAUGAGCGCGAUGAGCUUACCUUGGAUAGCUUACUCGAUCGCCGAUUGGAGACUCUUCGCGCUGGUCACAUCCGUCCCGUUGAGCUCUGCCAUAUUCGCACCGUUCCUUCUACCCGAGAGCGUCAGGUGGUUAAUCGGAAAGGGGAAGAUCAACAGAGCGAUGAGAAUUAUCUGGAGCAUCGAGAAAAUAAAUCGCACCGUGAUACCGCCGGAUAUAUACGAGGAAUUCGAGGACGAUUGCCAGAAAACUGCGGAAGAAUUGUCUGCCGAGACUCACAGUAUUAAAGAUCUUUUCAGGACCAAACGUUUAAGAAAGACUACUCUACUGCUGAUAGCGGUCUGGGGUGUGAUACAGAUGUCGUACGACGGUCACAUAAGGUGCCUGGACACCCUCGGAAUGGACGUGUUCAUCACGUUCACGCUGGCGUCCGCGACCGAGCUACCCUCUGAGAUACUGAUUACCUACACCCUGGACGUCGUCGGGCGCAGAUGGCUGCUGUUCACCGCUGUGACGCUCUCCGGACUGUUGAGCUUGGGUGCGGCCUGCUUCCCGAUGGGCGCCGUCUACACCUCGCUCGCGAUAUGCAGCCGUUUCUUCAUAAACGUCUCGUCGAACAUCGCGAUGCAGUUCGCGGCUGAACUGCUGCCGACGGUGAUACGCGGCGAGGGCGUGGCGUUCAUACACGUCAUAGGAUACGUUACCUCGCUCUUCAGCCCCUUCAUCGCGUUCUCCAGCACGAUCAUGUAUAACCUGCCUAUGAUCAUCCUUGGGGUCUCCUGCAUCGUGGCUGGGAUACUCUCCCUGUUUCUCCCGGAAACGCUCUAUGAACAAUUGCCCCAGACGUUGAUGGACGGUGAGCUGUUCGGAAUCGAUCAGAUGUUUUGGGAGACGCCUCUGACGAAGAAGAAACCGCCGGAACCGAAAGUGCAUCACUUGCACGCGAAACGCGCGGUAUCCCGACCGGGCAUGUUACGUAGUAGCAUGAUAUCCGGGCAUAAGGGUAUCGAAAGACGACAUACUCAGAUGAAACGGAGGGCCAGCCAGAUGCCAGGUGCCGCGGGCUAUCGUCGUGUGUAAAAAUCAAUAGGGAGGAACGGAGUACAGUGUGAAGAUUCAUUUAGAUAUUAUGUAUUAAUCGGUUACUUCGAUCUAUAAUGUAAAAAAUGUAAAGAGAUGAUCUUGUACAAAACCUUGCUUUUUAAUUUUAACGAAACUGAGACGAAUGAUUGAGACGAAACCAGCACGUUUAAUUUAUGCGUACGUAAAUUGUACAGAUUUUUCUUAAAAAAAAAUUCUAGAAGAACAUUAGUUCGUUUCUUGGAAAAGUCAGCGUCGUCAAGAGACGCGAUUAAUAACAAUUAAACGUAACAGGGGACAGACGUUUAGUUAAUUGCCGAA